UUUAAACAUAUCAAAGUAAUUUUGAUUUGACGGGAUUCUAGAUAGGGAUUCCGCCGAUCGCCUGAUCGCAAUUUUGUCAACAUCAGUUAUUACUAUUUAUUUUACAACUCAAUUAUGACUAAAUAGUUUGAUAGAUAUAUAUAUCCUGUAUAAUAAAUAUGCAAUUAUAUUUUACAUGGGUUCAUUUAUGACAUGUAAAUAGAUUAUUUUCAAGGCAAAAAUGGCUAUCUUACCUGCUUUUCAAAUCAGCAAGUUAGUGUCUUCUGAAGAAAACGAAUGUGUUCCAUUAACGCAAUGCUAUUCAGAAAAACAAACUAAUUCAGCUAUUUCUACUAAUGCUUUUACUCUACCAAACAACUUAAAUGACGACAAAAAUAAUAAUUUUAAUAAUGAAAUUGUAAAUAAAAAGAGGAUGGUUAUACAGGAACUUAAAAACAAUUCUCCAAAUCAACUUUCUCAUUUAUAUAAAAGUGAUUCUGUAGAUGGAGAACCGGAAGCAAAUAGAGAAUUAAGUUGUUACAGUCAAAAUCAUGCAGUGAAUAAAAACUUAGCUAAGAGCAAUUUUUCAAAAAUGAUAAAAUUAGGAAUACAUCAAUAUCCACUACUUAAAAAGUCAGGGAAGGUGGAUCAAUCUUUAAUAAGUACUAAUAUUUUAGCAGAAAUCCAUAAGAAAAAAAAUGAAAAAGAAAACAAAAAAGAAGUAACAGAUGAUUCAAAUGUUCAAAGUUUACCACAUGUAUCAAAACUUAUUAGAGUGAAUUCAUCUAAAAAUUUUAAAUCAAUUUAUAAUCAUAAGGCUGGUGCCGAGGAUAGUGAAAAAGCUCCUGUCAAUUAUGUUGUUACAAAAUCUUUAAAUAUUGAUCUUAAAAAAGAAAAAAGCUCUAGAGAGCAUUUCUACAAGUCAUUUUCACUGCUUGUAAAGUUAGGUGGAAGAAAUGUGAUAGAUGCUAAUAAUAAAAAAGUACAUAAUGAUAAUCUUUGGCAGGUGAAGUACAAUGAACUACUCUGGCUUGAAAUUCGUGCUUGGCAAUUUGGAAAUACUGUAGAAGAAGAGGAUAAUAGACUUCAAGAAGAACGUUUUAAAAUUGAAAAAGUUCUUGAUGAGGUUAUAAUGUUUAAGUUUUCUAUGUCUGAGGAUGAUAACUACAAAAAUGGAGAUGAAGAUAAUAAAGAAAAAAUUUGUUCAAAAAAUUAUAUUUUAGAUAAUAUCAAUUCUGUUAGUGGAAAAUAUAAGACAACUGUUUUUUCUCAGAAAAGUUUGAUUACUGAUGAAAAGGAUUCCAAAGCAAAUCCAAACAGUUAUGUUGUUAUUUCUCAUCAUCAAGAUUUCUUUGAUAAAAAGCGUUAUGUUGGAGCUAUGAAAGUUGUUGUUGAGUUGCUAAAGAAAGUUGACAAUGUGGAGAAAUUGUACCCAAGUCGUGAAUCUCUUAUUAAUGAACAUUUUAAGUAUAAAGAUGUCAAGUUUGUGCGGAAUUAUGAGGCCCUUCUGUUUUGGAGAAAUAUUAAUAUUGAUAUUUUUCAAACAAUGUACAUGCUUUCUAAAUGGAUAAAUAUUGAUUUAGAAGAUCAAGUAGUCUGGGGCGAUUGGUUUUUACAUGGAUUAGAACUCGCUCAUUUUCAAGUAAAACAUUCCUUUUACAAUUCAAAAUGGUGUUCAGGUAGCAUUCAUGAUGUUUUAAAAAAUUCAUCUGCAUCAUUGCUUGCAGAUCCAAAUAAAGUAAAAAAAGGUAGAAAAGGAAAACAUUUUCAUCAUUUAUCUGUAAUUGAGCAAACCAGUACCUCCAGAUAUCGCUCUUUUGUUGAAACUCAGAUGAGAACAUCUGGGUUUUUUGGAUUAAUGAGGCGUGUGAAAAAUCUUUUAAAGUCAACUUUAGUCAAGGGACAGUUUAUUUUUUCUGAUCAAACAAAAGAUUUAUCAAAUAAUGAACUUGAUAAUUCAUCAUUUCUAAAAAAAGAACCAAAAAAUGUGUUGAAUAUUGUAAAUUCACUUUCACCUGUGUCACCUAAUAACACUGAAAGCGAUUUCAGCAUGUCAAAUUUUGGUAAUGGAGUUCAAUAUGCAAAGGCUUGUCAAGAGAUGUGUUUACCAUCAUUUCUUGACAAUUACUUUUUUUUAACUAGAGUUCCAAUAGACAUUGUUCAUGAGAGUGUGCGUUUUCGUAUUGAAUGUAAACCAAAGGUAGAACCUUCCUACUUAAGUAUCAGGCAGAUGAUUCAUGAAUGCAAAGAAGUUAUUUCAGGUAGUGUCAUGUCAAAGCAUUAUUAUAAAAGUAUAAUUAGCCCAUUUCUAUCUGAAGUCAGUCAGAAUCAAGUAUAUUUGUAUAAUACAAAAAUUCGAGAGUUUGAAGGAGAUUUAAAGUUGAUGCUAAAUUUAUACUUUGAUUAUUUACAACAUUGGAUUAAACUGGUGCAUAAAAUGGAAAAAACAAGUGAAAAUCUUAAGAAUAUUUUAGAUGAAGAAUGGAGCUUCACAAAGGAGAUCUGCAUGUUUGUUCAUGAAGGAGAAUCAAUUGGGGCUUACAAGUUUUGUGUAAUGGUAUCUGAUAUUCUUAAAUCCAGCAGUCAGUAUCUUAAAGAUUCAGUUGGUUGCCUUUUCUCUGAUUGUAAAUUACAAGAGGAUUGUUCAAAUUUUCGUCAAAAAAUAGCAACUGUGUGUUUUGAAUGUAAAAACAUUAUCAACGAAGUUAGAGCGAGAGCUACAAAAGGAUUAGGUUUUGCAAAAAUGUUGUGCAAGGAUUUAGGCAUAGCUGCAAAAUAUGAUAUAAUUUCUUCAUAUGAAAAAUGUUUUUCAAAAUUAAAAUCUUCAAAUCAUGUAUUGAUUGAGCAUGAUUUAGAAACAGAAUUCCUUAUUUUUGCACCAUCUGUUUUGACAAAUCGAAAAGGACAAUGCAAACAACUCAUUAGUCUAAUACGUGGUUAUGAUGAUCCAGAUCGCUCAUGGUGUAUGGAUGGUUAUAUAAUUUUGCUUAAGUGUCCAACCGGAAAACCAUUUUGGAAAGGAAGAAGGUCAGCUCUGGAUUUUUCAAAUGAUCUUGAUAUAGUUUUUUCUAACAUUAAGGUUGAAGGAUUAGUUUUAAUAUGCAGCAAUUCAUUUAAUUUAAACUCGCAAAAAAAGAAUAUUGAAAAGGUUAUGGCUGAAUGUAUUAAAUUGACAUCAGAACAGACUUCAAGUCAUCAUUUAAUUGAGAAAUCUCUCGAAGAUAUGAAUAAUUCUGCUCUUUUGUUGGCAAAUGUCAUAGUAUCAGCAAUUGAGGAUAUUGGAAGUAACCUUGAUACAUAUUACUCAUCAGAUAAAGCAAAGGUUGAUACAAUUUAUGCAAAAAAACUUUGUGUUGGGUCAAUGCACCUCUGUUUUUCACUUGGAUUUGAGUAUCUUCGUGAAGUAUUUCGGUUAUUUACUGGUCAACAUCGUUUAGAAUUGUCAAAGCUUUUUAUUAGAUUGUCUAAAAUAUGGAUGAAUUUUGUUAUGACAAAAACUGAACGAGGCAGAGGAACUCGACCUAGAUGGGCUGCCCAAGGAAUGGAAUUUUUAAUUGCAGCAAUUGAUCCAAUUAAUUUAGAACAAUUAUCUGGAGACGAGUUUCAGAGUUUAAAAUCAGAAAUGCAAGCUUGUGCUCGUCAUGUCAUUGGAACAUAUGCUACAAAUGAGACUAAAACAAAAGAGUCUCAUAGUAACAAUUUAUUGUUGAAACGAAGUCGUAGUCUUACACAAAAUAACAAGUCUCCUGAUAGUCCAAUUAAAGAUGAAAAACAAGAUAGCAAACAGAGGACUUCUUUAACUCUUGAGUUUCCAAUAACACAUACAUCAUCAGAACCAACAUUGCCGCAUGGAGGUGACAGUAUGUUUCUUGAAGAAUUAUAUGAAGAGUCGAUUGAAGAUGCAAAAGAAGUGGGUGUACCUGUAAUUGUCCGUGUUAGAAAUUCUAUUAAAGAAAUUGAAGAGCGACGCACAGCAAAACUACAACAUAUGGGUGUCAUAGGAAGUGUCACAUAUAAAAAACCGGAUUUAGCAGUUGAGUUAAUGCAGCUAAAUUUCAGAAGAGUCCAUUUCAAAUGGCAACUAGGAAAUAAAAUAGGAGAAGGCCAGUUUGGAAAAGUAUUUUCAUGCAUCAAUCUUGAUACUGGAGAGCUUAUGGCAAUGAAACAAAUUCGAUUUAAUCCAAAUGACUAUGCAACUAUCCAAUCAAUAGCUGACGAAAUAACAAAUGUACAAAGUGUUAAACAUGAAAGUUUAGUCAAGUAUUAUGGUGUUGAAGUUCACAAGGAUGAAAUGCUUAUAUUUAUGGAAUACUGUGAAGAUGGUACAAUUGCAGAAGUGGCAAAACUUGGUCUUCCAGAAUCUUUAAUUCGUGUUUACACUUAUCAGAUUAUAAAAGCUGUAGACUUUUUACAUCAAAAUGGCAUUAUCCACAGGGAUAUUAAAGGUGCAAAUAUUUUUCUUUCAUCCAGUGGAAUCAUAAAAAUUGGAGAUUUUGGUUCUGCUGUUAGACUAAGGGAUGCUUUUGAAACAUGCCAGGGUGAAGUGUUUAACACUAGAGGAACUGCAGCAUUUAUGGCUCCUGAAGUAAUUACCCUUGAUAAAGGGUGUGGUUAUGGCCGAGCGGCUGACAUUUGGAGUGUUGGUUGUGUUGUCAUUGAAAUGGUGACUGGAAAACAACCGUGGUCUGAAUACGACAAUGUUUAUGCAAUUAUGUAUAAAGUUGGAGGAGGUCAAACUCCAGGUAUUCCAGAAACUUUAAGUGAAGAAGGAAAACAUUUUCUAACAUGUUGUUUUCUAGAGCAGCAUCUCAGGUGGACUUCAGCUAUGCUUGAAGAUCACCCAUUUGUUAAGUGCUGCUAAUGUUGUGAAGUGAAGUAUUGUUGCUAAUGUCAUAAAGUGAAGUUAAUUGGUUAUUGAAUUACAAUCAAGUUUGUUGUUGUAUCUACAAUUGGAGUAUUGUGUCUUUAGUUAAAGUACAUCUACACCUGUUGCACAACAUCAGCAUUUGUUUAUGUUGUUUGUUGUUUUUUUCUAAUAAACUAUGAUACAUAUAUAAAUUAUAUAUGUUAUUUAUACUGUAAUGUUAUAUGUGUUACUACAUAUAUAUGUUUUACUAAAGUAUGUUAAGGAUACUGGUACAUACUAAGGUAUGUUAAGGAUACUGGUACAUACUAAGGUAUGUUAAGGAUAUUGGUACAUACUAAGGUAUGCUAAGGAAGGUAUACAUCAUCAAGUUUUUUAAUUAGUUUUCAUGUUCUUCUAUUUAAGACUUUUUUUUUCUAAUAAGUUGCUUGCAUUUUUCUUUUAUCAUUUUUGUCAAUUUAAAGUCGUUAAACUUUUUUCAAUGGUUAGAUAAUUAUACUU